GUGCUAAGAUGUGCGCCACGAGUACCCUUGUAGUUCAAUUAAUUAUGAUCCAAUAUGUAGCCGUGGAAGUACGUUCAAAUUUUGAGUUUACGAACAUCCAAUGCACUUCGUUGGAUAAGGCUUGUGACGAUAUCGAAUAUUGCUAUAAAGUUAAAGUUAAAUUGCUAAAGACACUCAUUACCAAAAUCAAGGUUAAUGCCGCUUUAUACAAGCGUUUAAAUGGAUAUAAGCCAUUCCUUUACAACAUCACACUCGAUGCUUGCAAGUUCUUGAAAAACACAAAAUCCAAUCCUGUGGCCACUUACUUGUACGAGCUGUUCAGGGAACACUCGAAUAUGAAUCAUACAUGCCCCUACGAACAUGACGUUAUUGUGGAUAAGCUUUCCAUCAACUUUGUCAACAGCCACGUAACAGAUAUUUUGCCUUUUCCUGAGGGCAGUUACCUCUUCGAGACACACUGGUAUGCCUACAAUGUAAACCGAGCCGUGAUAAAAGUGUAUGGUACUCUUUCUUAA